AUGUUUUGUAUCGAACAAUCAGACUAUAUAGAACACUACCAAAGAGCUUACAACGUACUAAUAGUAGACACUUACGAGUCCUUCAUGCGACUAUACCGCGGCAUGAAUGAAACUACCUUCGUUCUUGAAGGACUUUUCAUUGUAGUGAUAACAAAUACCUCAUCCGGGAGCCUCGACACCAUGCGGAAGAUAUUUCAAAGGUUUUGGAAGAUUUCUGUAGUCGAUGUGACCCUGAUUACUCAACGGAAAUUCGGGGACGUCAUUGACUUUUACACCUACUUCCCAUUUACAGACACCCAUUGCCGAGAAGUUGUCCCGAUUGCCAUUAACUCAUUUAAGGAAGGCUCAUUUGAAAAAAAUGUGACAAUUUUUCCAACAAAGUUGGAUAAUUUUCAUGGUUGCCCUUUGAAUGUGGUCACCUGGCAACUUAUGCCAUUCGUGAGCCUUACGCAUUUCAACAAUGGCAGCAUCUUUCCAGACGGAAUAGAUGGCAAGCUUCUAAGAGUAUUGUCGCAAAUAAGGAAUUUCUCAAUAUCUAUCCAGAUACCCCAAGGCGAUAGUAAGCGUGGAGAAGUUUUUAAAAAUGGAACCGCAACUGGUGCCAUACAAAUGAUUAUGGAAGGAGAUGGAGAUUUCACAAUAUGUGGAUAUGGAACAACCACUGAAAGAGCUUUGCAUAUGUCAGCUACUGUGAGUUAUCUGUCAGCUGAUAUGGUUUUCGCAGUGUCCCUCCGUGCUCCAUAUUCAUCCUUUGAGAAGCUCUUUUUUCCAUUCGAUCCUCUAGUUUGGACGCUUAUCUUUACAACAUUAAUGGUAGGACUAGUGGUUACAACGGUGCUUAAAUUGUUCGGAGAGAAGUAUCUUGAAUUCGUAGCUGGUCAGCAAAACAGAUCGCCGAACACACACAUGCUCAGUAUAUUUCUCGGUGGAAAUAUCCCAAACACCCCGCAAAGAAACUUCGCUAGGACUUUGUUAAUUCUUUGGAUUAGCGUUACUAUUGUAGUGAGAAGCUCAUACCAAGGGUCAAUGUACAAGUAUUUGCAAUCCAGGGAAGUUCCAAAAAAAGAAAGAUCACCAGAACAGUUAGUCAAUGACAGCUACAAGAUAUACUUUUGGGGUCAUCAUACCUUCAUAGUCGACACAAUGCAAUUGAAUGAGGACCAAUACGUUCUAAUGGAAGGCGACACUUUAAAGUAUUACAAACUUCUCUACGAGCCUGGAUUCAAAGGACUUAUUCUGGACACCGAGUUUGGUGUUCUGUACAACAACGCUCUCAACCGGAAUAAACCAACCAUAAGGCCAUUGGAGAAGCACAUGUUUGCUUUUCCCAUGACUAUCUUUUGCAAGAAGAACUCUUAUUUCCCUAAGGCGUUCGAUGGGGCUCUACUGAAUUUCAUUGGGAGUGGUCUCGUACUCAAAUGGGCCGCGGAGAUAUUGAACCGAUCCUACGAUGAUGCAAAACUACUGAACACUGAACACAAAAGCAUUUCUUAUAGAGAUUUGGAAGGAUGCUUUCAAAUAUGUGGAGUCCUUGCUGCUACUUCAACUUUAAUUUUCAUAGUAGAAAUCAACGCAAUGCGAUGGAAAUAUUCAAAAAGAUUAAUGGACUUUUUCACUUACUGA